UUGGUAUGUAUAGAUAUCGCUAUCAUUUUAUUAUAUUUAGUUAUAAAAAACAUAGCCUUAAAGUGACUAUGUAAAUCAUGUUUACAAGUACAAUGAGAUAGUAGGUGUAGAUUACAUAAUUUACUUUCGCUUUGUGUUAAAUAUAUUAUCAUGUGACGCACAGUCACAAAAAUAUGUCUUUAUUUAGUAUUAAUUCGCACCAGUGAUGUUUAAAUAAGACCAAAAAGUUUGUAAUACAGUGAAAAAUGUUUAUAAAAAUUCUAUUAGUGUCUAUGCUAGUGUUAGAAGGUUAUUGUGAAAGGAGGUUUAAACUGGAACAAGUAUUGAUAUUGAGCAGGCAUAAUGUUCGAACUCCUUUGUCUAAAAACCUGUUUGAAUUUACUCCGAAGAAAUGGCCGAAGUGGAAGGAGAAAAGUGGUUAUUUAACAGCUAAGGGAGCCUUAUUAGAAGGAUAUAUGGGUGAAUAUUUCGCUUCUUGGCUGCAAAAAGAAGAAUUGUUGAACAAAGACUGCCCAAGUGAUGAUUCGUUUUUUGUUUACGCAAAUACUGCUCAACGGACUUUAGCAUCUGCAGAAGCAUUCAUCUCUAAAGGCUUCCCUGACUGUAAUAUAACUAUACACCACACAUCGGAAAACAAAGAUCCUAUAUUUAAUCCAGUAAUACAUAAUAAUUCGGCCAUGUUUAAACUAGAGGCAUCUGAACAAAUGAAAGCACUACUCAAAUCGUUAAACCUGAAUACUUCAUAUGAGGAUUUAGAAGAUAUACUUGAUUAUAAGCAAUCCAAUUAUUGUAUGAACGAGAAAAAGUGUGAUUUUACAAAAGACAUGAAUAAAAUCUUUGUUAAUGUUGGUUUUAAACCGAAUUUGGAAGGUCCGUUAAAAAUAUCGAAAUCGGUCAUAGACUCUUUUAUCAUGGAGAACUAUGAAGGGUUACCUAGCAAAGAGGUUGCAUGGGGAUUAUUAAAAAAUGAACAACAAUGGGACUUAGUUUUAGACCUAAGUAAAGGCUACCAUAAUGUUAUUUUUAACACAAGUUUAGUGGCCAGAGAUUUAGCGAGACCCUUAUUGAAAUACAUUAGCCAUACUAUGUUCGAAAAACAAUAUAAAAUAGCUUUACUUAUGGGCCACGAUGCUAAUAUUUACACGGUUCUCAAAAGCCUGGAUGUCAAGCCUUUUAGUCUUAAGAACCAGUAUGAGAUGACCCCUGCGGGUGGGAAGUUAGUUUUUCAAAAAUUGUUAGAUGAAAAUUCGGGUUGUUUUUAUUUAAAGUUGGAUUAUGUUUAUCAGUGUACUGAUCAAAUGAGGGAAGGUAAGAAAUUGUCUCUGGAUAACCCUCCAGAAUUCACCCCUUUGCAGUUGGAGGGUUGCCAGUUAGAAGACAAUGGGUUUUGUCUAUGGAAUGAUUUUGUUAACUUGUUGUAUGGCUUGGUUGAUAAUUAAUUAAUUAAUAAUAAUUUUAAGUUGUAAUAUGUACGUAAGACAUAACUUUUUGGCUUAAUCAC